UUCAUUUGGAAGUGCUAGUGAAAUAUUCCUAAACAAAAUUGAUGGAUUAAAACAAAUGGUAACCCAAAGACAACGCGUGUAGUUGUCAGACAUGGUAACCAUGUGAUGCAUAAGUCAUCAAACUGUACAAAGUGACCAAAAUGAAGCCUGAUUCCUUAAAAACUUAAACCUGCCACUAGAGGCCGCUUUCCGAUGUGAAACGAAUAUGGCUGCCGAAAUGGGGCUUUCCCCAGAUAGAGUGGAAACUAACACAUUUCCUCCAGAAAAGGGCUUAAAUGGGUCCGGAGGACGGGUGGGGUUGAUGGAGAGGUUACGGGGUAGGGCGGGACAACAUCGCUCAUGGACCGACAUCAUGAAGACCCUACGCCUCACCCAGAUCAAUGACAAGCGGAUCCAGUCCAACAUGACAGACAAAGCAUCCAUACAGACCUGCCUCGAUAAACUCCACCGGGCCAUGAAGAUCACCACCCAACAAAGCUUGAUAGAACGUCUGGACCUGAUCUCACGUCAACUAGGCAUGUUGUUCACCCCACCCACCAUGGCUGACAUUAACCAGGUUGUCCUGAGUGCGGAAAUGUUCAAGGUCAUCGUCAUCUGGGAAGGUCAGACAUUGAAAGAUGUCAAGGUCAGCCAUCAGGACACACCCACGAGUUGUGAAGAGUUGGUUGAAAUUCUAAGCAAGGGCAACUUUGACGAGUUUAUCAGCCAUCUUCAGGGUCUUCUGUCCAUAUACAGCUUUAACGGUGACAAGAAACAAAAGAGCAAAGGGUAUCUGGCGUUAUCAAACUUGGAACAUGAUCUCAACAUUAUAGCCCAACUCCAGAGUUCCAUUAAUGGGGUGACGAACUACAUUCAUAAAUCCCCUCUUGGGAUAUUGCUGCCUAGGAGGGGAGGUCAUCCAAUGAAGCUCAUCUACUACGUAUCUCCCUACAAUCUUCUGUGCAAGAAAAGCAAGUCAUCCUACCCCAUGACAGUAGAAGCCAUAACAGACAACGGUCUAGGCCAUAGUGUCACAGUGUGUCUGGAGUCCUCAGACAACAAUAACAAACUGCAAAUUAUGCCACUUACCAGCGUCAGUAAACCAAACCAGGAUGGAAAGAGGUUACCGUCAUUCCAAGCUGUGGCCAACUACAACUCUUGUCUGCUGGCGGCCAGUUUUGUGCUAGUCUUACCUGAACCAGUUCCUGUCUGUUCCUCUGUGCUUGACUCUAUACGCAGCAUUACAGGCCAGGGUGUUGUACAUGACGAGGAAACGCCAUUUUUGUCUUUGUUUCUACAGCAUUGUACAAAGUGUAAGGCUCUCAACAGACCCGAACUCUUUGUGACAUUACCUGAUCAGCAGCAUGCCUAUUACUUGAAUGGCAGCACGGAGGGUGUGUUAGGGGGCUACGGGUGUCUUGUUCGGAAAAUACCCUUCACCCACCCGACAAUGGUACCUAAGGUGCUCAGCCUGCUACGACAACAACUCGUGUUCAACUCUGUUCUCAGCAGUGUGGUCAGACCACAGGCUAGAAAAGUGUACCAGUCAGCGGUUGUGUUUGAGUUGAUGACGUUGUCCCUUCAGCAUCUCAGUGUCAUGUUUGAACACCCACUACAGCAUUCUCUUAUAACAGUCGAGUUUGACCUCCGCGAUAUUACAAAUGUGAAAUGUUCCAUGUGUACGUCAACGAGAGACUCGAGCAUGUGUCCCGAGGACUACUUGUCGAGGGUGUUUCAAAGGUCUUUUUCCAUUCCGGUUACGUGUCGGUUGAUCAUCAAGCGUGUUCAGGAGGACAUUCGCAAACUGACCCCUCCCAUGCUAGUCCCGAGACCCGUGGUCAAGCCUCAUUUGACCUGGACUCCGCAUCGAACCAUCGUAAAGACAGUUCCAAAUCUUGUGAACAUGAGGCAAUGUAUUUCCACAAUGGCCAUGAAUCCACCGUCAUUGCCACCAAGUUUAGCGAGCUUACCAACGCUAUCAAGUUUGCCAAACCCGCCACCAUAUCCCGGGACAGAUUCUUGGUCACAUGGUGGGCCGUUGAGUCAUCAUCAGCAAAUGCCUCCUAAACUCGAAUUGCACAAAUACAUUGUUGGAUUUAAUAGACCCUUUGAAGCGCCGAUAUCUGAAUCUUUGACUAGUGGUAGUGUGCCAAUUUUAUCGGGCGCUGACGAUAGUAUGGAUGUUAAUCGUGCGCCCGCAAAUCCAUUGUUAGCAACUCUGCUUGAUGCAGGGUCACCAGCUGUGACAGAAUUGCACAAUCCUCCGCAGAACGUAGUGAGUGAUAGCCCUAUGUUGUCAAAACUUUUAGAGGAAAAUACAUCCGUAGCUACGAACCCAUUUCCUGCACCUAAUAACCGCAAGAGACCUGUGAAACGAAAAUCAUCAAAAGAUGUUACUGCUGGCAAAAGCCCAAAGCACCGACUCUCAGAUUCAGAUAUGGCUGAACGGACUAAUGAAAGAGUGAACAGUGAAAGACAUGGUCAGGGUAUAGGAGAAAAACAUAUAGACCUAGAUUCUAGUGGUGGCUCUUACGACGAACCAGUGAGGCCCUCAAGUGUUAAUAGCAUAGGAAGUGUGGGGGGCCCUUCCUCUAUUAUAGACUUGACUGAUUAUGGCAUUGGUGAGUCCCAUGUUAAAAAACUGGAGAACAGUUUGGAUAGUAUUAUGGGUAAAGAAUCACCGAAUGCCGGUGGUUUUAUGAAUCUAGGCCAUCCGCUGAACAACCAACUCAGUGCGAUGGACUUCGAUCAUAUGGCGUUCCUGGACUUUACACCACAGAAUCAGAACCAGAAUGCUUCCUUAGAGGGGGGUGGGGAGUUUCAGCCCCCUUCCCAGUGGCCCUCUCGUCAAACCCCGCCCACCCCGAAUUCUCGCAAUUCACCACACCAAGGAGUCGUGCCAAAAAACGAGAAAAUCUCUACCUCACGUGAGGAUCUUUCCCAUGGGCCAAGAGGUAGAGAGAGUGACGGCCCAUCUAGCGUUUGCGUGCGACGAAACUCCCAGCAGAAGCGACUCACUUUAAAACAACAGAGGCAGAAUCGAAACAGCGUGGAAAGUUGUUCGGGUACCAUCAGUCCAGAUGUUUUUUCUCCGCUGAUGUCAUCGCCUGGUCAUCAUCCCUUGGUGUCGCCCGGUCAGUUCCCUAUUUCGUCGCCGAAUUAUAUGGUUUCUCAUGGGAGUUUGCCAAUGAUGUCUCCUAGUCACCAGCCAAAUAUGACAUCAUCAAAUAUGACAUCACCUCUGAUGUCACCACUUUUAAUGCACGUGAAAUCAGAACCAAUCAGUUUGGACUCAAAAGCCGGAAUUAUGGGUCCGCAUACCCCUGUUAUGCGUCCCAAUCAUGCUUUUGGGCAUGUAGCAACCUCAGGUGGUGGCAAGCCUAGUCUAUCAAUGUUAAAGGCUCAACUUGAACAGAAAAAUGACUUAAAGUGUAAUAUUAGUGCAAUGUCUCAGGAAAAGGACGAGCUGUCAAACAGCUCCAAUAACUCAAGCUGUAGUUCGCAGCCCUCUUCUGUGAAGUUAAAACGGAAUUACAAUCACAAAUUUGACAGUAUGUCCCCAACUGAUAGCGAAGAGGGGAAAACCCGUUCAAGUACGUUUGAUUUUCACAGUGACGAUGAGGAUUGUGAUUUGCCGAGGGUGGGAAAGAUGACAAUAGUGUCAGCGUCGCCUACACGACUUCAGAUCACCAAUAAAACAACUUUGGCUAGAUUUAAUAAAUUCAAUAAAAGUGAGAAAUUUAAACGGAAACAAAUAGAAAAGGAAUUAAAGAGUACAUUAUCGGUUGAUUCUGGUAAACGCAAACGAGAAAAGGAAGAUAAAAAAGAAAAGAAACGCAAGAAGUUGAAUUCCUCCUAUACCGUUGAAAAUGAUAUAGAAGGGUACAAAUUGACGACUGUGAAUGUUCAAGGUGAUAUGAAUGGUGAACAGAAACCUGUGAUGCCAAAAUUGAAAAUCACCAAGAAAGGGUUGAAAAUAUCAGUGCAAAAUUCGUUGGAACUUAGAGAGGAUAACAGCUGUGUUAAAGAUGGUUCAUUAAAUGAUAAGGACAGAACUAGUGUUACCAAAAUGGAAAAAGAUGUUGUGGUGAAAGUGGAAAAACUGAAUAGAAAAUCUGAACACAGUAAAAGUGAAAGAAGGGAAAAGUUUAAGGAGGGUAAAGACAAGGAAAGAUCCACUGAUAAACCUUGCGCUCCUAUUACAAGAACACCUUCCAAUUCAGAUGAAGGCAUCUUUGAUAGAAUAAAUGCCAUGAAAUCUGAGAACCUUCCAAAGAACGAGGACUCAAACAGUUCAUUUAAAUCUGCAACAAACUCACCUAGUGCUAACCAUAAGAAAGUGUCAAGUUCUAAAUCGUCAAAGUCUCACAAACGAUCCAGUUCUGCUUCGAACUCUGAGACGAAAAUGAAAACACCUACAUUAAAAUUGAAACCCAUAGCGUUGCCAACAAGUUCAGCUUCCAGUGUAACAAUACCCAAAUCAUCUGGUACUGGUUCGAAUUCGAAGUCGAUUUCCCAGUCACCCACAUCAACAACAAUUGGCAAAAUCGGUGCAGUGUCAUUAGCAACUUCAGGAUCUCAGAAGCCGUUAUCAAGUAGCUCUAGUAAGAGUCCUCAAGGCUCUGGCUCAAGCUCGAGCAAGACUCUUUCCCGCAGCUCCAGCUCAGGAGGAUUAACUUCUAAAUCCAGUUCAAGCUUACAGAAGAACAUUCAAAUUCAGGGUCCAAGUGGUAAACACUCCCCGAAUUCUACAAAUAGUAUUGGUAGCAAAUCUUCACAUUCGCGCAGCUUUAGUGCUUCGUCAUCGAACUCAAAAUCAGACAAAUUGAACAAAGCUUUGUCAAGUAAUAGGACGUCCUCGCCGCUUCUUGAUAAAGAAAAAUCAAAAUCUCGUAGUUCAAGUUCUAGCUCACGUGAUCGAGAAAAAUCUACCUCAAGUAAAAAUAGUGUCCCUGUCCCUUCUGCUACAACACAAGAGCCUUCUGCGUCUGAACUUUUAGCAUUCUUAAAACCAAAGACAAACAAGAUUGCUAGCUUUACUAUUCCCAAAUUAAAACCUGAAACGAACGCUAAUGUCCAGAAAGUGUCAACACCAACUACCACAAACGCAUCCAUUGUGUCAAUGUCAGCUUCAACAGCUGUUACCACAACUACUACAAAUUCAAGCCCCAAGUUUGCCAAGGGAAGUAACUCUGGUGCCAGUUCUGUGAGUAGUGUUUCAAAGGGAUUUAACUCUUCUGGUGCUAAUUCUGGAAAAAAUCAAGUGACUAGUAAUUCUAGCAGUUCAAAUGCCAAGAAUUCAAAUCCUUAUAACAAAAGUGGGCAGUUUCAGCAGAAUGCUAGUAGACCUCAAAAUUUAAAUGUUUCUAAUGCACAGAAUACAAACAAUAGGGGAAACAACUCCCCAAAUAGUUAUUCCAAGGGAAACAAUCCAGGCUAUAAAGGAAAUAAUCAGAACAAUCAAAGUCCAGGAUUUAGAAAUCACAAUAGUGGUAAUGCAUUUCAUAACAAGACUCCUAGUACAAAUAAUGGCCCAACACAUUCUAACUGGAACAAUUCCAACACAGUUGGAAAUAGCAAGUCUAACCAAGCAAAUUCCAAUUCUCAUCAGAACAACUUUCAACGGGGAAAUAACACAAAGGUUUCAAGUGAUUCGGGCAACAGACAAAGUAAUUCUAGUAAUCCUAACACAAGCAUAAGGUCCUCAGCAACGGCGCCUAAUGCUCCAAAAGGGCCCGGACCUCCUAAUAAUAGUAAGAAACAGCCCGAUCCUAAUAAACAACAACAGAAACAUGGUGGACAUUCACCAGGCAGUGCAAGCAGAGGCAGAAAAGGCUCACUAUCAGCAGUUAUUGACAAACUUACAUGUAAAGUAUCAUCUGGUCCUGUGAUAAGCAGUGAAUCAAGUGCAAAUCCACCCUGUCGUAGUGCUCAAAAAUCUGAACAAGUUAUAGUUGAUGAGUCUCCGGCAAGUCCUGAAAUGGACGCUCCAAUCGCUGAACUCAAACCACCUGAAAAAGUUGUUGUGAUUACUGAAGCCCCAGAAAGCCCGGAAAUGGAAACGCCUACUUCCCCAGUGCUAAAUGAUUGCGGGUCUACAAGUGCUAGUAAAAUUGUGAGUAUUCCACUGGAGAUUGACGCUUCAUCCAGUAAUUAUCCUGAUUUCUCAGCAUGUGAAACUGAUCCUGAUGUAGGUGAUAAUGAAGUGCUUAAUAAUUUAAACUCUAAUCUUCCUGUUCCAAAAACCAUUCCUCUUGAUUCGGUAAACGCGGAGGAGCAUGUGACUUCUGGUCAAGUUAAAAUGGUGAAUUCUGUUUCACAACAAAAUGGUGAUGUUGGCAAUCAUCAUGGUGAUGAUGAAAAAUUCAAAUCAACUAACGAUCUCUGUAAUAAAUCAGAUAAUACCAAAGAUACAGCAUUUAAAGUCACUACACCUAAAAUGCAUGACAGUGCCGGUAGUAAACUAUCUGAAGACAAUGAAAAUUGGGCUAUUCGACGGAAGUCACGCUGCAGUUCAAAAUCAUCCGACAUUAAUAGCCCGGUUAGCAGCCCCGAGAAUGGCCUUAUUAUCGAUAUUGAUUCUUCUCCUACGAAAAUUCCAAAAAGUCAUUUAAAUUCCCCUACUGUGUCAGACUCUGGAUCAGAUUUUAACAGAAGUUCGCCAGCCUUACUUAAAUCACCAGGAAUUAAGACCAUGCCACUCAAAUUCAAGGGAUCACAGACAAACUCUCCGCUGAAUCGGGAAAACUCGACCGGGACAGGUUCCAACGCUAACUCUCCAGGUUAUCUUGAAGAUGAUUUAAUGGACGAAGCAUUAGGGAUUGGAUGUUGAUUAUUGAUCGAGACUUUUAGUCAUGGUGGCUGAUGUUGUAUUGUACUUCAUAAAUAUUAUUAAUUAUUGUUGUUAAUUUGUUAUUUAUUUUUUUUGCUCAUGAGGAGUUGAUUUGGUUCCGAUUUUUAUUGAGAAUUUGUUAUGAUAUUAUUGAAGAUAUAUUAGUCCCAGUUAAAAUAAUGUUGUGGUUACUGUUACUCAAUCAAUACUUUUUUUAAUUCCUGACCAUAAUUUCAUAAUUUUUGGUUAAAGAAACCAUAAUAAUUCUUGGUAUUACAAAGAUCGGUAAAUUAAAACAAUGAUUUUUUUAUGAUUUUUAUUGGAAUUAAAAACCAUGUGGCAUUUUUUCUUUUUACAAUGUGAUACAGUUUACUUUAGGCAUAAUAAAAUAAUGUUUGUUUCCAGUUUCCUCAAACUACUCGUUUUUUUGCCUAGACCCCAGAUGUUUCUAUUGUCUUGAGAAAUAUAUGUCUUCAUUUUUUCAUUUUAAUCUAAAGUUAAAAAAAGGUGCGUUUUCGGCUAUGAACAAUACCAGCGAUGCUAGUCCGAGUGUAUCUAUGUUCUAAAGCAUUUAACAUUUAAUUUUGGGUAACAGAAACAAAUGAAGAAAAAAAAAGGCUAACAAAAAAAUAUUACAAAAAAAAUAAAUUCCAACCUACCUACUGAAUAAUUUCAUUAAAUUAAACGGGAAACAAACAUUUUGUUUUUUAGGCUUACAGUCAUCAAAAUUAGACUUUUUAGCCCGAAUUCUUAUACUUUUGCUUGGCAUCAAAUUUUUUAACAAGCCCUGCUAUAUAAAAUUCAGAAUUUGAGCAAGCCCGAAAGACAUUUUACCAGUGCAGGGCUUGCAGGCUUGUGUUAAUUUCGACCACUGGGCAUAAGUUAUAUUGUGUUACUGUCUGAGAACAUUUAUGUCAGAAUGUAAGCAAUACAACAUAUACAUUGGUUUCCUGACCUAUCUAGCCAAUGUUUAGUCAGCAUGUACAAGCAGCCACAACAUUAUUUUCGUUUGGCCUUAUUUCAUUAAAGGUAAAUGGAUUAUGAUAUAAAUUCAAAGUUUACUGUAAAUCUCUGCUGUAUAAUUGUUCUGAUGAUGUAUUUUAAAGGCUCUGAUAGAAAUGCAAUUAAUUAACAGAUGAUUUCGUGCUUAUUAAUAGGGAUAUAUUUGAAAUAUUUUGAAAAUUUACAAUUUCAGAAAUGUCGCACAAGUCAAUCACAUUGUUUCCUUAAUAAUAGUUAUAUUUAAAUAAUUCAUGAGAACAAAAAAAAAAUUUUUUUUCAAAAGAAAGUCUGCCAUAUUAUUUGUAUUUCACAUAAAAUAACCUUUUUUUUCCAUAAAAUACUUCUGCCAUAUUAUUUGUAUUUCACAUAAAAAUGUAACUUCGUCUAUAAAACAAAGAUUUGCUCAUGUGUAAUCAUUUUCUUAUCAUGAACUCAUUUCUUUGGUUCUACAACUAUUCAUUUUCUUACUGAUGAAGAUAAAAAAAUUUGCAAGGGUAUGAUAAUAUAUUUUGUAUUUAUGCAUAUUUUUUUUAAAAUAUUUUUUUAAACUUAGACAUCCUUAUUCUUCACUUGGUUUAGUUGGUCUAAAAAGUAAGAUUUAUAUAUCUGAUGAUAGAUUUAAGUGUAAACUAGUAUAUGUAUUUCGAGUUGUAAUUGACAUAUGUUGAAUAAUACACCAUAGAAUUUACAAAGGUUUGCUCAUUGAAUAUUUAUAACAUUAAUAUACAAAAAUUAGAGGAUACUGUAACUCCCCCAUUUCAAUAGUUUUUCACAAAAAACCUAUGUAUUGUUAUAGCCUUUGUUGGUAAAAGCGUUAUUGGAGGGUGUUGCACCCUGUCCUUUUUUGGAAGCACCCUUCUUCCCUCAUGGAGACUAGCUUCUGCUUUAAAAAUAUAAACAUUUAGAUAAUCAAUUAUUUUUUUGUUAUGUUUAAAACUUGAAAUAUGUUUUUGUAUUCGAACAAACUUCACUCAUUUAUUAGUUGAAACCUAUGAUUACUUCAAAUAAGCACAAUUUUUUUUACAUAUUCUAUGAAAUUCAUAAUGCUUUAACUAUUUAUUGCCCAAUUCAAUAUGCCCAUUUGUCCCUCAGCACCCUGUCCCUUUUCUGCAACACCCUGUCCCUUUCUGCAACACCCUGUCCCUUUUCUGCAACACCCUGUCCCUUUUCUGCAACACCCUGUCCCUUUUCUGCAACACCCUGUCCCUUUUUUUCUGCAACACCCUGUCCCUUUUUUUCUGCAACACCCUGUCCCUUUUCUGCAACACCCUGUCCCUUUUCUGCAAUACCCUGUCCCUUUUCUGCAAUACCCUGUCCCUUUUCUGCAACACCCUAACCCUUUUCUGCAAUACCCUGUUCCUUUUCUGCAACACCCUGUUUUUAAAGCCUGGCUAAAACCUUAAAAAUUAACCUUUGCCAGAACUAUCAAUAAAAUUGUUUAUGAUAUUCAAAAACGCAACUUGGUUCACAUGUUGCCAGAGACAGUACACAAAUAAACAGCAAGGCCCAUAACUCUUGCUUUAAAAAUUGUUGAAGUUAUGCCCCUUGUUCCAAUAAUAAUUAUUAAAAAAAACAGGUUGGUGUUAGCCCUGCGGCGGUCUUGUUUAGAAUUAUGUUAGCUUAUUUCUGUUACAGUAUUAAGUUUAUAUUCAACUUUCGUUUAGAAUAGCAAGAACUUUGUUUCACAAGUUAAAGGGGCAUUGUCUGCUUUGGAGGUUUUAUUUAUUAAUAUUUUAAUAGGAACAAAAAAAUAAGACUGGUUAAAGAAGGCCUCUUGAAAGCAUCUCAUUACCUAACAUUAAUGAUAGUUUCGUUCAAAAGUAUUUUGAUUUCAAAAACGAAUCUAAUAAACAAUCAAAUGUAAUCAACGUUUGUCUCAAUGUUGACCAAGUCUUCAAUAAUUUAUAUUAUAACUAAAGUUUAUAAGUAGCAUAGAGCUCUACAGGUGCAUCUAUCUGCCCUGUGGUGUAAAGGAUAUGGUGCCCUAUCGCAUAUCAAGAGGACACGGGGGAAAUCUUUUCUUUCUUUUUUUUAUUUCCAAUUUUUCUUCUAUAUAAUUAUAUCAAUAAAAUUAAUUUCAUGUCUUUGCUGAAUUACCGAUCACAUUGAUAUAUUUUACCAAAAAAUUCUGAAGUUUUCAUAUUUAACUGCAAUAAACCAGCAUCCAAUGCCCCUAUGUUCAAUAAAAAACGUGAGGCGUAAUAUCUAAUAAAGCCUUCAUAAAUCUGAUCUCUCGCAGUAUAUAGCUUAGAAAGAUAUCGCUCUUAAAUAUGCAAUACCUCAUAAUAACUUCAACUUUUUUUGUAUUUUGUGUACAUUUGGCAGAAUUUUUUAUCACUCAGGCAUAAUUCUAGUAUUUAUUUACUGUAAUCAUCGUUAUGUUUGGCAUCUCGUUUUUUUGUUUGUAAUUAAUAUUUUUUUUGUUAAAUGUAAAUGAUUAUAAAUCGAUGUGUUUGUGUUUUUGAAAAGAAAUUGGUGUUUAUUUUUUGAGGUUAUAUUUGUCAAUCAGUCAAUUUGACUAUCGUGAUGCAUACAACCUGAUUAAGAUCAGAAUGUUGUAAAAAUAAAUGUUUUAAUGUUCAAGUUGGACAUCUGUUACAAUUAUUGAUAUAACUUGAUGUUGAUAACUUUCUCAAUGUCCAAAUAGCUUGUUUUUAGGUUUUACCACACCUGUCUUCAGAAAUAGCAAAUUUUAGUUUUUCAAAGCGACCUCUCCUAUUUUUCAACAAAAAAGUCUAAAAGAAUGAAUCUUUCGUUCAUUGUUUCCUUAAAGUUAUCUUUAUAAUCUCAUGAACAAAACAUUAAUUCCAGUUGGUCAUUAGUAAUGAAAUUUGUGCUCUGUGGUGAAAAAAGAAGUUCAUUUGAUUAGGAAUCUUGAUACAUUAAAUAUACAAGUACACAUUAAUUUCAUUGUACGCUACAUGUACUGUUAUUUAUCCAACUUCAAAAAUUUUACUCUCUUUUUGUGGCUGAUCACCUUCAUUCAGUAAUCAUAUGUUUUGAAUUAUAUCUGAUAUAAAGUUUGGUAAUAUUUAUUUUUAUUUGCACAUCAUUUUCACUUUUUACAGAAAAAGAUACUUGAGGUAUAAUUGAGUUUCGAAGUCAACAGCAUAUUAUAAAUCAUGAACCAUCUCUUUGUGAAGAUUUUGCUGGUAUAGUAUUUUUUUUGUUUUCUCUUUUGUAUGGCCUAUUUUGAUUUUUAACAGAUCUGAAAAACUAAAACGAAGAUGUCCAUAGUUUGAUGAUAGUAGUUAAAGUACAUUUAGCCACAGUCCACCAAAGAAACCUUGCAGUUGAGUAAUAAUUUACAGUUGUUAGUAGAUAUUCCUAUAGACGGGUACAAGGAUGCCGCUUUUAGCUGGACUUUACACCAAAAUCGCUACAAAGACUAUGCAGUUAAGGAUAGUUUAAAUCACCAUUUCAUUUUUUUAACUGAGCUAUCCAUUUGAAACCUCACGGUGUAAAAAGCGGCAAAAGGCGGUAUCUGGGAACAGGACAAUUUCAAUUUGCAUUAAACACAUAUUCGGCCGAUUGUUUAGAACUUUGUUUACGUAAAAGUGAUUAAGGACAUCAUUAUUGACUUUUAAAUGUGAGCUACGUAUUUGAUCAUAUGAUUACAUAUUUAGAUAUAAACAAGCACAGCCAAAUCAGUUUUCUCAAUUCUUGUUAUAAAUACAAUGCAGUACCAACUUGAAAGUUAACUAUGAUGAUGUUAACCAUGUUGUUAACUUCAGAUAUUUCUGGACAAUCAGCCCACUGUGGUGUUAAGUAUAUAAUUAAGUUUUCUUCAAGAAUCACUCAAAAGCAGACUGUUGAGAAGUCCUAUAUAUUCAAAUAGAUACCAUAUAAUUAAGGAUCAUACCAUUUCAAUGGGAAACAGUUAAAUAAACAUUAGGGUUUUCAUGCAGCCAUCAAGCUGAAUAUAUUAAGUUACCUGUAUUAUUAUGAAUAUAGACACUCUGUUAGGCAUAAAAAAUAAUAAUGUUUGUUUCCAGUUUCCUGACCUACCCUAUUUUUUGCCCCGACCUUAAAUAUUUUUGUUGCCUUGAGAGAUAUAUUUUAUCAUUUGUUUGAUUUUUUUUCUUUUCAAAGCUAAAAUUAAAGUGUGUUUUUGCUUUUAACGAGAUGAAUGAUGCUUACACUGAUUAUAUAGAUCAUUUCUAAAAAGUAAGCGUAAAUGUUUUGGUGGCAGAAAAAUCUCAAGAAACAAUUUGUCUGAUGAAAAAAUAGGUUUUCCGACCUACCUACCCUAUUUCUUAAGGCACGAAACCUGAAACAAACAUAUUAUUUUGUUACGCCUUUGUUUAUGAACAAUAUUGUCAGUUGAAUUCAGAUCCACUGUAACUUAUUUAAAGAUAAUUCUGUUUUGUGUUGUUUUAGUGUUUUUGUUGGUAAACUGAAUAUUUUUGGGCACGUUACGGAACCUUGGGUUUUGAGGGGUGAAUGAGAAAAAGGCUUUAAGUUCUUCUAUUUAUAAAUCAAACCUUUUUCAAGUUCGUCCCUGAAAGUGUUCAUUAUUAAAUGUCAUUAAAACAUGCUCAUUCUUUUGUUGUGUUAGUGUUCUCUACCCAUUUUCAUGAAACUUGUCAUGCUAUCACUUUUGACCAAAUCUAUGCUAUGUUGAUCAUGAGUGUGAAAUUCACCAAGAUAUAUGAAGUUAUAACAGCACAAUUCUCUUGAACAAUGUAUAACCAUACGCAAUGUUUAGAGAACUGAAAAUAUUCUUAAAAAAAUGUCAAGUACACAAAUUAUCAAUGACACCUUAGGGCCAGGUCAGGCUUUCAUAAAGCAUCUAAGGUCAUUUCCUAAGAAAUUUCAUUUUUCUCAUUAAAGUAUCGUACUACUUAUAUAAUAAAAUGACUUGAAAUGUUCUAACAGACUUGAUUGACAUUGACAUUAUUUAAUAUAAAUGUGUUAAGGUUAAAAGAACUUUAAAAAGAAGAAAUGACAGAAGUCAGGAAAUUUCUUAAGAUGUUUUAUGAAUAUCUGUCCAGAUUCAAUAUGUUUGUAUUAAGAUUUCUUUAUAAUAGAAGCCUAAUUUUAUGGAGCUCUGGCUUGCAUAAGCUUACAUUCCUUGGUGAACAAAGUUAGUUAAUCAUAUUUUGAAAUCUGACUCCAUUUCUCCAAACUAAAUACAUACUUCGAUUUGAUAAUGAUAAAUGGUUUACAUAUAAAUAAAUUCUAUUCAAAGUUUAUAAACUCCUAAGAAACAUAGUAUUAUCCCAUUUAUAGACAGAACAAAACUCGUGAACUAAGCUUUAUCCUGUUUUUAUUGGUAGUUUCGAUGAAUUUGGGCCUGACUUUCUGAUUUGAUCUAUGUUGAAACGGCCUCCUAACUUUCUGAUCUGAUAUGAUCUGAAACGGCCCCUGACUUUCUGAUUUGAUCUUUUUUGAAACGGCCCCUGGCUUUCUGUUUUUAUCUUUUUUGAAACGACCCCUGACUUUCUGUUUUGAUCUUUUUUGAAACGGCCCCUGGCUUUCUGUUUUGCUCUUUCCCCGAGUUUCUGAUUUGUCCUUUGUUGUAUCAUGACUGGUUUCAUGUAUCGUUUUCUACCUGAUAUUUGCCCUGUCUUAUUUAUGUUGUUAGUUUUUGCGAGUUUAAUAUUGUACAUAGGCGCUCAAAUGUGAGUGACAGAGAAUUAUAUAUCAACCUAUAGUCAAUAUUAAUUUUAUACUGUGAGUAUAUACAUUCAUAUGUAAAUAAUUGACCAUGUGCAAAUUUUAUGUGUAAAUAUAAAAAUCCUAUGCCUUU